UCUCCCAGAAGGGCUCCUGCUCCACGACGUGACCAUGGCCGGGCUGCAGGAGCUGAGGUUCCCCGAGGAGAAGCCGCUGCUCCGGGGCCUGGACGCCGCCGAGCUGGAGAACUCUGACACCUUCCUCUUGGCCGAGGACACAGACUGGAAGGAGCAUGACAUUGAGACGCCCUACGGCCUUCUGCACGUGGUGAUCCGGGGCUCCCCCAAGGGGAACCGCCCGGCCAUCCUCACCUACCACGAUGUGGGCCUCAAUCACAAGCUGUGCUUCAACACCUUCUUCAACUUCGAGGACAUGCAGGAGAUCACCAAGCACUUCGUGGUGUGCCACGUGGACGCGCCCGGCCAGCAGGUGGGGGCGUCCCAGUUUCCUCAGGGGUACCAGUUCCCGUCCAUGGAGCAGCUGGCCGCCAUGCUCCCCAGCGUGGUGCAGCACUUCGGGUUCAAGUACGUGAUUGGCAUCGGAGUGGGAGCCGGAGCCUAUGUGCUGGCCAAGUUUGCACUUAUCUUCCCCGACCUGGUGGAGGGGCUGGUGCUGAUGAACAUUGACCCUAACGGCAAAGGCUGGAUCGACUGGGCCGCCACCAAGGUGAGCCUCACCAGCACUUUACCCGACACGGUGCUAUCCCACCUCUUCAGCCAGGAGGAGCUGAUGAACAACUCGGAGCUGGUGCAGAGCUACCGGCAGCAGAUCGGGAACGUGGUGAACCAGGCCAACCUGCAGCUCUUCUGGAACAUGUACAACAGCCGCAGAGACCUGGACAUUAACCGGCCUGGGACAGUGCCGAAUGCCAGGACCCUCCGCUGCCCCGUGAUGCUGGUGGUCGGGGACAAUGCGCCUGCUGAGGACGGGGUGGUUGAGUGCAACUCCAAGCUGGACCCCACCACCACGACCUUCCUGAAGAUGGCGGAUUCCGGGGGGCUCCCGCAGGUCACACAGCCCGGGAAGCUGACUGAAGCCUUCAAGUACUUCCUGCAAGGCAUGGGCUACAUUGCGUACUUGAAGGACCGGAGGCUGAGUGGAGGAGCAGUGCCCUCGGCCAGCAUGACCCGGCUCGCCCGCUCUCGGACCGCGUCCCUCACCAGUGCCAGCUCGGUGGAGGGCAGCCGCCCGCAGGCCUGCACCCACUCGGAGAGCAGCGAUGGGCUGGGCCAGGUCAACCACACCAUGGAGGUGUCCUGUUGAAGCCCUGGUCCCCUGAAGACGCCCACGUGCCCCCACCCGCGUCGAGGUCCCACUGCCACCCUCGCGCCCGCCGGCUCCUUUUCUGUUUUGUUUCUUUCUGUGAGGGCGAAGGGAGGAGAGGGGGUUAUGGCUCUCAGAUGCUACAGAACAGUCUCCAGGGGGUCCCCAGGCCCCACCUCACUAACCUUGUUGACCUGGCUAACUUGGGUCCCCAGCACCUGGGCGGGAGGGGGACCAGCUAAGGAAAGGCCGAGUCCCUCUCUGGCCAGGAUCCAGGAUGAUAUCCUGGGUUAAAGAAAGAGCAAGGGAUGGCCCCUGGGGCAGGCAGGUUUGAAGGUGGGAUGGAGUUGUGAGGUGAUGGGUGCAGCUCAGGCACUGGCAUGAGAACCAGGAGAGGCAGCAGGGAGCCCUGGGCCCCCCCACCCUCCAACUCCCACCCCAGCUCCCACCAAGCACAUCUGAUUCUGUCUCAUAGCACAUAUGACAAUCAUCUGAACAGUAGCCACAAGGGGGCGCUCCCACAGGCCUCUUGCGGGUACUGCAGGGCCAGGCAAGCAGGGGCUGAAGGGGAUUUCUCUGUCCAAGGAAAACAAAAAAGACCUUGAGGGCAGGAACCCCACAGACUGUCUCUUCCGGCUCACACCCCCCCCAUGUCUGCACCAAGGCCCCGAAGCAGGUGGUCUCCCGGUCUUCCACCUCCAUAGGGACCUGGCUGGGGGCUAAGGUUAAAGGCCGGGAUAGCCAGUGAGGACGGGGUGUACCCCUGCCUGCCUUUGGGAGCCAGCAUGUGGCCCCAGGUGGCAGUGGCUGAAAGUCCCAAUAGAUCCCUCUUUUGCCCCCCAGGUUCCAUGAAGGACAGUGUGGCCAAGGCCGCCAGAAACAUGGUAUUUCUAGGGAGAGUCCUGGUAGAGUUAUGCCGGCGUUUCACCCAGGCAUCCCUAAGCAAGGCGAGAGUUUCUGUAGAACUGGUCCAGGGUGUCAAGACUCCCGCAGGCCCCAUCCCAUCUCGGCCUGUGGAGUGGCUUGGGCUGGGGCUUUGCUAGAUCUGGGGGUAGGAGCGGAAGGUUCCCGCAGUGAACAAGGACCAGGUAGAGGAGAGAGGCUCCCCCCACACACCCUGCCCCCUCCUGCCACCUAAAGCCCAGGACUGGGCCGUAUAUUUCCCAUCCACCACCUUAUCAGGUAGAAUCUCUGGGCCCAGAAACCAGAAGCCAUUUGUCUCAGAGCCUGAGUCAGUUGCCACAAACCCCCAAACGAGUAAAAAGAAAGGGGAGAGAGCUAUGAAAAUCGGAGGGCCGGGGGUGUGUAUGUUGGGGGGGGUGCGCUCUGAGGCUGGGAGGGUACCCAUAUCCAUGUUUCCUCUGCACAUAUUCCCCCCCCCCCCCCCAUAAUCUUAAGCCAUUGCUAGACUUCUCUAGAGCCCGGUGGAGUGUUAGUCUGUGCCCAGUUCUAUUCACUCACGUGCUUCCUUUGAAUAUCGAAUGUGACCGUUUGAAAAGCUGGUAGAAUUAAUCCCUCUUACUGUAGAUAGUGCUGCAAGUUGGAUUUCUCUUGUUUUGCUGUGUUCUUUCAGAUGAGAUAUCUAUAUCUAUACAUUAUAUAUAUAUGUAUGUAUAUCGGGUCCUCCUGUGUGUGGUUUUCCAUCGGAGGUUGUCUCUUCUUUGGUCAAAGUGAACUUUCAAUGGAGUUUAUUAUUUUCCUCUCUGUACAGGGUGGAGAGCCUAAUUUUGUGUAUUCUAGUGGCUGAUGUCAUGAGACUCGGAAAUGACAAAAUGUAAAACAAGUAAAAACCCUUGUCAACAUAGAAAGAGUUAACUGUGCUGAAAACCAAUAAAGAAACUAAAAGGAA